CACUGAUGGGCUGACACACAGAGAGAGAGAGUGAGGAGGGGGGGAGCUCGCAGCACCUGAGAGGCAGCCUCAGCAGCUUAAUUAGCAUCAGGAGGAGAGUCGGUCACACGCAGUCACACAAGGAAGCAUGUAGAUAAACUGCUGUCACCGCUCGCGGAGCAGCACGAAGGAGACUACUAGCAGAGGAAGAGGAGGAGGAGAUGGAGGCAAAAGCUUGAGCAAGAGGAUGAGAAGCGACGCCGCCACCUGACUUGCACCGGGAGUCAGCCUGAGCACCUGCAGUCUGAGCACUCGAGGAGACUGGGGCAGACGGGUUGAGGAGAGAGCUGCUGAGAUUAUGCGCGGGGCAGAGGGCUCCUGUGGAUUCCCCAUCUUCGGCAGAGGGAGCAGGAGCAGUGGAGACUGUGGCGGAGCUAGCGGGAGCUGCAGCACAACAAGGAGCCCAGACUCCGAAGCUUUUUAUUCACCGAGAGAUGAAGGGAGCAGUCGCAGCAGCCGAGGAGUAACAGGAGCCAGCUGUGGAUGUAGCCCCAGUGUUGCAUGUACCUGUGGCCGGAGCAGUGACGGCGACUGCAGAGCUGGUGCAAAGGUGCCCACGGCGGUGCAGUCAGGUGUAGUUGUAGCAGCAGCAGCAGGGGGGGGCAGUGGCUCAGGACACUGAAUGACCAGUGUGGCUGAUGAAGGCCACCUGGAUCCGCUUGCUGAAACGAGCCAAGGGGGGUCGGGUCAAGAGCUCCGAUGACUAUGGUUCGGCCGACUCCUACACCAGCCGUCCAUCAGACUCCGAUGUGUCCUUGGAGGAGGAUAAGGAGGCCGUGCGAAGAGAAGCAGAGCGACAGGCUCAGGCGCAGCUCGACAAGGCCAAGACCAAACCAGUUGCAUUUGCUGUUCGCACAAAUGUCAACUACAGCCCGAGUCACGAUGACGACGUCCCUGUGGCAGGCAUGGCCAUCUCCUUCGAUGCUAAAGACUUCCUCCACGUCAAAGAGAAAUUCAACAAUGACUGGUGGAUAGGACGUCUGGUGAAGGAAGGCUGUGAAAUCGGUUUCAUCCCCAGUCCAGUAAAGCUUGAAAACACUCGUAUCCUCCAGGAGCAGAGAGCCAAACAGGGCAAGUUCCACUCCAGUAAAUUGGGAGCGAACUCAUCUUCCAGUUUAGGUGAAGUGGUUCCUAACUCACGGAAAUCUACUCCUCCUUCGUCUGCCAUUGACAUAGACGCCACAGGCUUAGACCCCGAGGACAAUGAGCCCCCCGUCCACCUGCGCUCCCCUAAAGCCAGUCCAAACACUGUCACGUCGCCCCUAGCAAAAGAGAAACGAAUGCCCUUCUUUAAGAAGACGGAACACAUUCCUCCGUACGACGUUGUGCCUUCCAUGCGACCCGUGGUUCUGGUUGGACCGUCACUGAAGGGCUACGAGGUGACAGACAUGAUGCAAAAAGCUCUGUUUGACUUUUUGAAACACAGAUUCGAGGGAAGAAUAUCGAUCACUCGCGUCACGGCCGACAUCUCUCUUGCCAAGCGCUCGGUCCUGAACAAUCCCAGCAAGCACGCCAUCAUCGAGCGCUCCAACACGCGCUCGAACUUGGCCGAAGUCCAGAGUGAGAUUGAGCGGAUUUUCGAACUGGCCCGCACGUUACAGCUGGUGGUUCUGGACGCCGACACCAUCAACCACCCGUCACAGCUGGGGAAGACUUCCCUCGCCCCCAUCAUCGUGUACGUCAAAAUCACCUCCCCCAAGGUGCUGCAGCGGCUCAUCAAGUCUCGAGGCAAGUCUCAGGCCAAACACCUCAAUGUCCAGAUGGUGGCUGCUGACAAACUGGCUCAGUGCACUCCUGAGAUGUUUGACAUCAUUCUUGAUGAGAACCAGCUGGAGGAUGCAUGUGAGCAUAUGGCCGAUUACCUGGAGGCCUACUGGAAAAGCACUCACCCCACCAGCUGCAACCCUCCCAACCCACUGCUAACGAAGCUGCCCACAGCCGCCCUGCCCUCCAGCCCGGCCCCGGUCCCCGGCGUGCAGGGAAGCGGUGCAGAGCAGAAGGGAGAUAAAGCUUUAGUGGAGAGAAAGGGCUCCAGAGAGGAUCACCAUCAUCACCACCACCACCACCACCACCAGAGCCAGGACCAGGCGGAUGCUGAUGCAGAGGUUGAGGGGGAGGACAACGAGGAGGAGAGGCCCCUGAGGUCGGAGUCCACCAGGAGAGCGCAGCACAUCCACCACCGUUCGUCUUCCACCAGGACUGAGCAACACAACCACCAUCACCACCAACAAAGCAGCCGAGCCAGGGGCCUCUCCCGGCAGGAGACUCUGGACUCUGAGACCCCCGAGAGCCGAGAAAGCAGGGAGAGCCGAGAGAGCAAGGACUCUGCUUACAUUGAGCCACGCACUCAGAUGCUCCACCAGGAAGAGGAGGAAGAGGACGAGGAGGACGAGGAGGACGAGGAGGACGAGGAUCUAGGGGAGGGGCACCCCCAGCAGCAACAGCGCUACGAGCCGCUGCCCCACCGGGACCACAACCACCAUCAUCACCACCACCACCAUCACCGCGGCGCGGCCGACGAGCCUGCUCACGGCACGGGAAACCACCGCUCCAAAGAGCGCGAACAGGACCAUAAUGAACGUAACAAGCAGCGCUCUCACCACCACCACCGGCCGGCACGUGACCACCACCAUCACUACUACGACCGGGACAGAGACAGGGACCGGGAGGGGGAGGUGGCCCCCAAAAAGAGGGGUGAUGCAGGGGAGUGGGUGAGAGACUCCUACAUCCACCAGUGACCGACCAAAUCCCUCCUGAAGCUCAUUCCCACUCUUCCUCUUACAGACCGUUCUGUUCUCCAUUGUGCUGCUAUACCCUGAGACCACAGCAUCCUAUUUAUGUACACCUCCUUUGUAAAUGCUGUUGCAUCUUUUCCAACGGCAGGAUUUUGAUUACAUAGAUACAAAUAUAAAUAUAUGUAUGUGUGUAUCUAUGCAUAGACGUUGUUUAUGUGUGGAUAUGCAUGAAUAUUCUUAAAAUAUGCAUAUUUUAAACCUGUGUUUGACAAAGCAUGACACAAAAGCAGAAUUUGGUUUCUGUACUGAGCUGUGCUUUCUGUGAUUAGCAUUUUUUUUUUUUUAUUGUUUUUAUUUUCAUUUUGUUUUUUGCUUGCUACCACUUGAAUAUGUUCCUUCAGACUACUGCUAGGGUUGACUGCAAGAGUUGACUAACCAAGAUGGUUUGAUGCUGUUUUUACAGAGGUCCUUUCUUUAAAGGAAUAGUUUGACCAUUUGGGAAAUAAACUAAUUAAUUAAAAUAAUUCAACUAAUGCAGCCUGGUAUAAUCCUGCAAUAGUGUUCAUGAAGGUUAUAAUGUUCCGAUUUGUGUGUUAGAGAAGUGUCGAUUGAAUAUUUUGGAGGCUGCAGUUUGUGGUGCUGUUGGUUUGUAUUGUGUUACACUGACGGGUUUUUCUAUUAUUUUGUCCGCUCGUGUGUGUAAUUAAGAGCAGGAUGAAUAACAGAAACACGUCUCUGUAUAUGCAGUUGAAUCAGCACCUCUCUAAAAAAGACCUAAACAUUAUAAACUUCACGAGGGUCAAUCAAAUCAAACUGCAUGUGUUAACAUUAGAAAGUGUACUAUUUGGUAAAAGAGCUAACUGGCUGGUAGCUGUAGCUUUAAGAGACAGAUACUGGCGUCUAAUCUCCAGCAGCAAAUCUUGUAAAUCUAUUUCCCAAAGUGUCGUACUACUCCUUUAAUUUGAACGUUCAUCAGUUAUUUGCCUAGUUCCCUUUUUGAAAUUCUGCGUCCCUGGUUUUCAACAUUUGGCUCCGACAUAUUUAAGCCUCCGUGGAGGAGGUGCACCUUAGUCAUGCCUUACGAAACAAAGCGAGUUCUACAGUAAAUUCCUCUCUUACAUGCAGUACUGUUCUUUGUAUGGGUCCAGAAACAUUUUAUAACAUUGAUACACCCGUUGUUCUGCACUUUUACUGGUUAACUUUGGUUUAAUGGGAAAGCAAUUUGAUACGACAUGCAGCUCACAGUAGGUCUGCUGCGACCAACACUCCAUGAAGGUUCAUCUUUUAUUGAGUCUGGCCCCUUUUCUAACGAAUGUUGUUCAACUCCCACUUGAAGUCAUCACAUCAUCGUAGUACACAGAUGUUCAGCUAUGGAUAUUUCUUCAGUAUGUUCCUCACAAAAAAAAAAGAUUUGUUUGUAAAACAAAAUUCAAACAAUUUCAAAUGUAACGAGAGUAAGAAGUUUUCAGUAUUCUUGUUAUGUUCUCACGCCGCUGAGUGAAGCCGUUUCCAGAGAUAAACUCAGAAAAAAUGUCCGUACCCAAUUUUCUGGACAUUGUCCGGAGUUUGCCUUUGACAUAUUAGGAACGCAGCAGGAGAUUGUCCGGGUCAGACGCGUUAAAGAAAACAGGAAAAUGUCCAGAACAUUCAGACAGGACAUAAACAGAAAUUCAGCGUCUUCCACGUGUAUGACUCUUAUUUUUCAUCCUUGAGACAUUUGUAUUCUUACAGUUGUGCAUCAUCAACACGCCCACUUGUUUGCUGUGAAUUAUCGGGACAUUUUCCUGCUGUAUUCAAACAUGGGCUCACUCCGAUAUUGUCUGAACACACCCUGAAGGAAGUGAUAUUUGCGUUCUCACGUGCAGCCCCUCCAGAAAAUUGUCCAGACUUCUGUGCACGUCUGAAAGAUGUUAAAUACAAAUUGUCUUAUUUCAUGCAAAUUGAUGGUGAUUGAUGCUUUGAGCUUCCAACAGUCAAACUUUAGGCUCAAUACUCUGUGUUGUCAAACUACUUUUUUCAGAUAUCAUGUGUUGAAAAUCUGUAUCCAGCUAAAUAUGAGUCCAGGCCCCUCUGUUUACAAACCCACCAUCUGCUCAUCUUCUUUGGUUUUGCCUGACAAUUGUAAUUCUAAAAAACUCCAUUUCUAUGCUACAUUGAUAGCACUACUGGUUUUUUAACGGUGUACAUGUGUGUGUACAUAAUGCAUAAAUAUAAAAGAAUAAAGUUGGCAACAAGAGGACUUGCCGCUCGGGGGGGAAGAA